CGUAAACAUUGGUGCGUCAUGGGCUCCGGACUCCUGCCAGCCUCGCCCAACCUUCUCUUCAACCACCGACUUUCUGCUGCCGUACAUACUCUCUGGUACCGCCAGUCACCAGAAACCUUUCUUCGAGCUAAGCUACCUUCCUCGCCCUUACACCAAAUCUCUCCUGCCUGCUCUCCGCAUCCAGACUCAAGAGAACAUCUUCACCUAACGAUUGCAGACUUUCUUCUCGAGCCGCAAUAGCUCGACUUGCUGCGACCUCUUCGAACGAAUCCGUAUCUGCCGCACAGUGUCGGCGCAGCCAGACUCCUCAUCUCUGCCCUCUGUGAUAGAGAAAACGAGGACAGGCUCGCCAGAUUCUCCCUAUCCUUCGAGAUAAGUCCCGCGACACGGCCGAGACGAACGAGUUGAACGACAGCGAGCCUCUGUCCCGAGGAACGUUCGCUUUCUCUCAGAACAAUUGCAACACCCUGCUCCGUGCAAGCUGCUGGCUGCGUCGAGAGUCCUCCCACACGCUCCUUCUCCCGGCCCUUCGGGAGCCGCUGGAGUCAUCUUUCGAUCUCUCUUCUCCGUGCACACAACGCUUCCGGACAUUUGAAGGAGCUUUCCUCAGACACACAACAUGGCGAACGCAAGAUUCGCCAUUAGCAUGCAGCGGCUGAUACCGUGGCUCGGCUACCAUCAUGUCCUCAUGCUGCUGAUCGCCGUUGCAAUCAUAUUGCUGUCGCUCCUGCUCGCUGGUUGCUCGUCAAGUUCGCCGCUGAUACCCGGCAUCUUCUUGAUAUCCAUCUUCUACCAGCCGUACACCCAGAUCUUCAGCCCCGCUCAAGUCGACCCAGGCGUCACAGCGGCGAUAAAAAACAUUGUCGGCAACGCACAGCUCGAAGUUCGUGUUGGCUACUUCGGCAUCUGCGUAACUCAGGACGGCUCCAGCUACCUGUGCUCGAACAAUGCCACGGCCCUGGCCCAGAACGUCAACAUCGACCAGGACCCCAUGAACCUGAUCUGGAUCGCGAGCACCUUCAAGGACGCAGUCGUAUUCCCAUACCUUCUCAUCGUCGCAAUCAUCCUCGCCUUCUUCUGCUUCAUCCUCCUGGCCACCUUCCCUGGCUGGCACUAUGAGCAUGAUGAAAUCACCGGCUCCGAUAUCGAUGUCAAGCCAUUCCCUUCACGCCCUGUCUGCCAGGUCGCGCUUGCGCUCGUCUUCAUUGCAUCAAUAUUUGUGCUCGUCUCCGUGCUGUGGCAACACACGGCCUCGGUCGCUGCCUCCACGAUAGCGCAGGACUUCGGAAACGGGUCCAUAAAAUCCGGCGUUGGCACAUCUGCAAUGAUCCUUGGCUGGUUCGGCUUUUCCCUACUCAUCAUCGUGACAAUCGGCCUGCUGGUCAUGUUGUUGAGCAUGAGCGUGCUAGACAAGUUGACGGGUGACUAGACGGAGCGAUGGCUGGUGAUGAAUCUUCGUAGUCGUUUCCCAGCUAUUUCAUUUUGCGAUUUAUAACGGCGUUUUCCCUUCUUGAACUUUCAGCUUGACUAAUGCAUUUGCCUACCUUUCACCCGGGCAAGGCGCGACGCAAGCAAUGCCUCUGACGGCGCAUCUGGCUGACACUGUCGAGAGGCGAUCUAGUCGCGGAAAAUCGAGGAUAAGACCGAGCUGCGGCACGGCAUAGAGAGCUGGUGCGCUGUGCAAACGCAAAAUUAUAGCAGGCCCGGUUCUCGAUCCAAGGUCGUGCGGCCUGGUCGGCUCAGCAACGUCGAUACUUCUUCCUCACAAGGCUCGCAGCCUCAAGCCAUGACGAACGAAGAGCCUCUAACCCGUUCUCCGCUCCAGGACACAUUGUCUUGAGCGCCAAGUCACCCAUUAUCCCGCGGCUGCAACCUCCGACGUCUUGACUCUGCGUCUUUCCAACGGUGGCCCGGAUGUCGGCUUUUUCUUUGCACCCUUUUGCCUCUUCGCCACUUGUAUAGACACACGCACACACAUUUUGGCUUCUUUUUCACCCUUUCAGCUUCAUACCCCCUUCGAACCUAUCCUUCCUCUCCCCGCUUUUCAUGGAAAAAUUGAGCAUGAGGCACGUCUCGAAGACGCGCAUCGAUAUAUUGCAUACACGGAGUUCUUCCUUUUUGAAUCAUGGCCACGCGAUUGCGGGGGACGUCGGAAAGAAUCAACGCUAUAGUAAAUGGUAAAUGUGGAAAAAAAGGGGGAUGGAGGGAGAGGGCUUGCCCACCAAUCUAUGUUCGGGUGGGUAAAUGCCAAAUGCGGGAAAAAUGCGCGACCGAAUAUUAUUGAUGGAGAAACGCAGCGAAAUGAGACGAAAGAGUGAUUGGAAUGUAUUUAUAUAGGAUGAACUUUUCGAUGAAUAAAACAGAAUGAUGAAUGGAUCCACGUACGCACC